GAAACAUGGCGUCUUCAGGGAGCUGCUACUGACUCUCAGCUCAGAUAAACGUCUCCACCGGCGACAGAGGUCGGUCUAAAUGAACCAGAACAGCCGAAAAUUAAGUUCUGUUGUUGCUAUGAAAGGAAAUGCUGGUCAGUGCAUCUACAGUCCCAGUAAAUCUGGCCUAGAAGGCUUGACUCGGUCUUUGGCUAAAGAAGUUGGUUCAGGCAAUGUCAGAGUGAACCUGCUGGCUCCAGGUUUCAUCCGCACUGAUAUGACUGCAGGGCUGCCAGAGGAUGACAGGGGGCAGUCUAUCCCACUAGGGAGGUUUGGUGAGCCAAAGGAGGUGGUGCAGGCUGUCCUCUUCCUUUUGGAGUCCACUUAUGUUACAGGACAGGUUGUGCCGGUGGAUGGAGGACUGCAGCUGCUCAUGUAGAGACUGUCAAAACUCGAAGGUGCGCUCUAUAAAGAAGGACUUCUAUUUAAAACAUAGAUAUAUGUACACCAUAAUACCAUAUUUUUCAGACUGUAAGUACAUUUUUUUUGUACUACUUUGGGAGGUCCUGUGACUUAUAUUCUGAAGCGAUAUGGAAAAAUAUUGCAUUAUCAUCUGUACAUGUGACAAGCUGCUCAUGUAUACUGAAUUAGAUACUGCGAUUCACACUCUGAAGAAGCUCUGGAUGAGAAAAACAUUCUUUGUCUUAGAGAAUGAGUGAAUUUAUGCAGUCAUGCUCUCAAACUGAAAGACCAUGCUCUGGAAUAAAAAGAGGCAAUGUCAUUUUCAUA